AUGCCACCGAGACGGCCCUAUGGAGACAAGUCACCACCUAGUAGCAAGUGCACCCUUGGCUUGUCAAUUCAAGGGAGGGUUAAGAAGAGAAAGAACCGAUCGGGGAGAAAGAAAGAAAUUGCCAAGAGUCAACGCAACCAGCCACUCUAUGAAGUGACUGUAGAAGAAGGGGCACAAGGGAGAGUGCUCACCACUCGUUUGGAUCCCGUCGUACCAGUGGAGCUAGUCACGGGGACGUUUCUGGUGAAUCACGUACCUGCAGUGGUGCUUUUCGAUUCUGGAGCUACCAACUCUUUCAUAUCCUCGGCAAUGGUGGAUGAGUUUGGAUGGCUGCCUACAAGUCAAAGGAAGAUGAGUAUCCAGCUAGCCUCAGGAAGAUUGAUUGAUUACAAAGACAUCCUGGAAGGCUUGCCCGUGGAGAUAUCGGGGGUAACCUUUCCCGGGGACUUCAUUAAGAUAGAACUGGAGGGUAUGGAUGUAAUCUUAGGAAUGGACUGGCUGGGCAAGUACAAAGCCAAGAUCCUAUGUGAGGAACGGAAGGUAACAAUGAGAGGACCAAAAGGAAAGUACGUAUCAUACAAAGGUAAUCCGGAACCACCAGGCAUGCGAGUGGUAUCCAUGGCUAAGAUGAGGAAGUACAUGAGUAAAGGGCAUGAGGUUUAUUUAUGUACUCUCCAGGACUUGGAUGCAAAAGACGAGAGCUUAGAAAAGAUUGCUGUAGUAAGGGAAUUCCCAGAUAUAUUUCCCGAUGAAAUACCAGGAUUACCUCCAGUAAGGGAAGUGGAGUUCUCAGUUGACUUGCAGCCAGGCACCGCACCCAUAUCCAAAGUUCCUUACCGUAUGGCACCCGCAGAAAUGGCUGAGCUCAAGGGACAGCUACAGGAACUGCUAGAGAAGGGUUACAUCAGACCGAGCGUAUCGCCUUAG